UGCUGUGGCAGCUGCAGCUCUGAUUCGACCCCCUAGCCUGGGAAUUUCCAUAUGCUGCAGACGCAGCCCUAAAAAAAAAUAAGUUCAAAAAUUGCAACGAGGGCAGCAUAAAAUUAAGCUGUUAUCUGGGGUCCUUCUGUUGGUUACAACAUAAUGAGUGUCUCCUAUCUGGGUUCAAACAGUUCAAAACUAGCCCUCAAGUAACCCCUGCCAAAGUCGAAAGGUUUCGCUUGGGCGUUCUCUCUGAGUUUUCUGGAACAGGAAGCAAAGCCACUGUCUGCUUAGGGCCUCAUGAGCGCCUGCCAUGUGCUGACACAGGGUGAUUCAAUGCUGAAUGAGACCGUGACUUUCGAGGUCAAUGACAUCUAGGAAUGAAUAAUCAGAUCACAGAGAAAAGUCCAUGCUCCUCAGCAGGAGCCUGGAAAUGAUUACUCGCCAGGGAAAAUAGCAGAAGGCUCCCCAGAGGGAAUGGCCUCGAUCCGGACGAAGAGAAUGGAUUAUGGUUCAGGAGGCAAGGAAGGGGAGGAGGGGAAAGCAAAGCCAGAGCCGUCAGCGAGAGAGAAAAUUCACACGGAGCACCGAACACGCGAGUGGAGAUUACUACAAUCAAGGGGAGAUUCGUAAGAAAGAACUCCUGCAGAGCUGUGACGUGUUGGGGAUCCCAUCCUCCAGCGUAACAAUCAUUGACAACAGGGACUUCCCAGACAACCCGGCUGUGCGGUGGGACCCAGGGCGGGUGGCCGACGUCCUCCUCCGGCACAUAGAGCUGAACAGCAUCGACCUGGUGGUGACCUUCGACGCAGGCGGAGUGAGUGGUCACAGCAACCACGUGGCCCUGUAUGCGGCCGCCAGGACCCUGUGCGCAGAAGGGAAGCUCCCUAAAGGGUGCAAGGUGCUCGCACUGCAGUCUGUGAACCGGCUGCGGAAGUACAUCUCCCUGCUGGACCUGCCCUGCUCCCUGCUGCUCGCCCGCGAUGCCCUCUUCGUGCUCACCCGCCAGGAGGUGGCCCAGGCCCAGAAAGCCAUGUCCCGCCACCGCAGCCAGCUCCUCUGGUUCCGCCGCCUGUACGUGCUCUUCUCCAGGUACCUGAGGAUCAACUCCCUGCGCCGCCUCUGAGCCUGGGGGCCAGGGCUCGUCCGCAGCGGGCACGGCGCCCCUCCAGCCGGUCGGCCGGCCUCUGCCCAAAGGGAGGCUGUGCAGACCAGAGUGUCCCCCUCUGGGAGCAAAACCAAACAACCGCACACCAGCCAGCCUGAGGAUGACUCCAGGCACCCCGCUGCGUCUCAAGCUCUUGUGGGAAACAGCUCACCCAAGGGCACAGUGCAGUCAACCCCCACCCCAGCCCCCUGUCGUUACAAAAGAGCCUCGAGGCGCUGAAAUCCCUUCUCAGGUGCCGUGUAUUUUCAUGCUGUCACCAGACAGACACACGCACCGAGGACCAGUCUCCGCUGAAUUCGUCCAACCCUGGUUCCUGCACAGGCCACAUCUGCGUCUAGGGAAACGUCUCCGUUUAACAUCACUGCUGCAGGCCGGGCUGCCGAGGCCCAAUCACCAUGCCCAGCGCUUCCCAAGGAGACCGCGGUGCCCGGCCUGCCGGCAAGGAGCUUACAGUCAAAUGGCUCCCCGUGCGCCAUCCGGGAGAGGCAGGACACAGGAAGAGAAACCUGGAGCUUCUCUCUGCAGCCAAGAAUUAUGUCUUAAAAUCGUGCUACAAGCCCAAGUGCAGGGAGAGGAGAGGUCGGCUUGGGAGCCCAGGGCAGGAGGUGGCCCGGGGCAGGGAGCAGACGGGGACUCGGGGUGAGGCCAGACUACCAGCUCCGGGGCCUCGGCCCAGGGCUCAGGCCCUUUUCUGCCUCAGUUCCCUCACCUGCAAGAUGGGACGGCGAUGGCCCCUGCAGAGGAGACGAUGCCCAAAGGCGAUGCCACGAGUGUGGCCCUAAAAAGAAAAAAAGAAAAAGGAUUAUCAACAGCAGCUGCUUCCAGGUGGUGGGACUUGAGGCUCACUUCCUGCUCCUUUUGUCUUAAUCUACAUGCGGACCUUUUUUUUUUAAGUAAAUGAAGUAAAAGUCUAGGUGGAAAAAGAAAAUAAACUAACCUUUUAUUUGCA